CCGGCCCGGCCCGCAGCCGCCCUGCUAGGCAGUGCCUGCACCCGGUCAGAUGUUUCCAUUGGUCGUGAAGAAGAAGAGUGGAGUCGGGACCUGCUAAGUGCUGAUCUGCUUGUGCUCCAGACCAUGGACUCAUUGAGGGCGUCCCAGGUGUGAAAAUGUCCAGCAGUAACCGGGAGUUAGUGAUUGACUUUGUUUCCUACAAGCUCUCGCAGAAGGGAUACAGCUGGAGUCAGCUGGAGGAGGAGGAUGAGAACAGGACUGACUUAGCGGAGGAGGCCGAGAUGGACGGCGUCCUCAACGGGAGCCCCUCCUGGCACCCACCCGCCAGCCUCGUAGUGAACGGAGCCGCCGUGCACCGGAGCAGCCUCGAAGUCCAUGAAAUCGUUCAAGCAGCCGAUGUGAGGCAGGCGCUGAGGGAGGCGGGGGAUGAGUUUGAGUUGAGGUACCGGCGGGCUUUCAGCGACCUCACUUCCCAGCUCCACAUCACCCCUGGCACGGCCUAUCAGAGCUUUGAGCAGGUAGUGAAUGAACUCUUCCGUGAUGGAGUGAACUGGGGUCGCAUCGUGGCUUUCUUCUCCUUCGGAGGAGCCUUGUGUGUGGAGAGCGUUGACAAGGAGAUGCGGGUAUUGGUGGGACGCAUUGUAUCUUGGAUGACCACGUACUUGACCGACCACCUAGAUCCCUGGAUCCAGGAGAAUGGCGGAUGGGAGCGGUUUGUGGACCUCUAUGGGAACGAUGCUGCUGCCGAGGUGAGGAAGGGCCAGGAGACCUUCAACAAAUGGCUCCUGACCGGGGCGACGGUGGCCGGAGUGCUUCUGCUGGGAUCCCUGCUGAGCCGCAAGUGACCCGCCGCCGAGUCCCCCCCGUCGCCAGGACGGCUGCGCCUUCACCACCACAUCCACUACACUCCGCUCCCGAGCACCCGUCACCGGCGCGGGGGGGGCAGCCCCUCCGCCUUCCGGGCGAGCGCCCCGCUCCACGGAGCUUUCUCCCUCGUGCCGCCAGCUCCUUUUAUCGUAGCACGUCUUAUUUACCGUUCCGUUGUGUUUUAAAGGCGCUGAGACCAAUGCAGCACUUCAGCCAACAGCUCCCAGCACUGGGGAGAUCCAGGCAGCCGGGGGGGGAAUACUGGCUAGAAGGUGUCGCAGCCCUGCAGGGUCCUCUAGAUCACUUUGAAAAGAAUAAACAGACUUAUUUUUGCAUGUGUGAGUGCGUGCGUGUGUGUAGAUGUGUCACUAAUAUAAGGUUCCCCAGCCAGAGCAAGGGUCCAGGCUCCAUGCCCCCGUCUCCGGUGUGCUCAGGCCCCGGGAGGAGGCAGGGAUGGAGCUGGGCUUUGCCGUGCCUGCAGCAUCCCUCUCCCAUCCCCGCUUCCUCCGGGCAAAGCUGGUCCCCGUGGCAGGGGGGGAGCCGGGAGGAAGAGGCAGAGGAUGGGGGCUACGAGCUUUCCCCUCGCGUCAGCCCCGGAGCCCCUUUCUCCCCGGACGUCAGCUGCUGGGAGCUGAGGCCGGUCUCAGGUGAGGACGGUGUGUCAGGCCCAGGGCUGUGCCCGGUUUGAAGGGCUCCUCCUCCUCUUCCUCCUCCUCCCUCUGAAUGUAGAUUGCUGUGGGGCAGUGUGUGUCCCUCCCCAUGCCGUCUCCUCCAGGUGGCAAAGGAGGGAGGCAGGCGAGGGGGGAGAGUACUUUGCCCUGGUGCAAGCGCCUCUGCAGAGAGCCGGGGCCGCAGCAUCCAGCAAGUGCAGGAAUACAGA